AUGGAGCCUCGGCUCGUUGUGACGAGUGGAGAAGUCGGCCGAUACAUGACUUUAAGUCACUGUUGGGGCUUGCAUCCUGUUAUUCGCACCACUAGCGAGACAAUCAAUGACCACAUCAAGUCGUUGCCAAUGUCCAAGCUACCUCCAACGUUCAGAGACGCAGUCUUGAUAACGAGGUCACUUGGCGUUCAGUAUCUAUGGAUCGACUGCCUCUGCAUCGUGCAGGACUCACAAGAGGACUGGGAACUCGAGAGCGUGAAGAUGGGCACUAUCUACGCCUCUUCAUGUCUGACCAUCGCUGCUUCAGCGUCCGCAGACUCUACAGGGGGUUGCUUCUUACCGCGUUCAACUUCAAAUCACGUUCAAGUCAAGUGUACUCGGAAAUCGAACAAUGAAUCGGUAUCUAUCCCCGUAUUCUUACGACCUAGACCGCGUGACUUCAGUCACCUGCCACAAAGCAUCCUACAUUCACGUGCGUGGGUAACGCAAGAGCGCCUGCUAUCUGCCCGAAUAGUACACUACGACUCUGAUCAACUGCUUUGGGAAUGUCGUGAAUCUCGUCUGGCAGAAGAUGGGGUACCGACAGAUGCAUUCGCAGUGCAAAAGUUAGUGUGGGACGAACGACUUCACCUUUCAUACCCCUUUGCGCAAGGACGCCUAUCCACAUCAGAAUUCGUGUGGGACUGGUACGAUAUGGUAUCGGCAUAUAGCAGAAGAGGCAUCACCAAGUCCUACGAUCGGCUACCGGCGCUUUCCGGUCUCGCCAAGGUGAUGGAGGAAUGCACCGGACAGCGAUACCUUGCCGGGUUGUGGAAGAACCACCUGCAUUAUGGUUUACUUUGGAGGAGAAGCGAGUAUUGGCUUGAAACCCCGUCAGGUGGCUUUCGCGCUCCAAGCUGGAGCUGGGCAUCUUUGGAAGGCGCUGUCAUGAUGCCCGAGAUUGGAGACAUUCUGCCCUCGGGAAACGAGAUGGAGGUGGUGGUGAGGAUUACUCAAGCAGAGACGACGCCACUCGGCUUGGACCCGAGGGGUAUGCUGAGAUCAGGAUAUCUGCAACUGGAAGGAAAGCUCAGACUAGCCGAUCCAAGAGAAACCCCAGAAGCCCCGGGUUUUCAGAGGUUCUCGACCUAUCGGAAAGAGUUAGCAAUUGAUUUUCUCAAGGAGAAUGGGAUCAUGGUCGGAUUAGCAGUGUUCGACAAGGAUUACUGCGGAAAUAACAUCCCUCUCUACUACUUGCAGGUGUCGAGAAGAGUCAAAGAACCAAGCCGUUGGUACGGGCUCCUGCUAGAGGCAACAAGCCAGCCUCAAGAGUUCCGUCGUGUUGGCUUUUGCCGCACGGAAGAAUAUCCACUUCGAGACUGGUUCGCGCAUGUCGCUGAAGGGAUGAUCACGAUAGUCUGA